AUGGCCAAGCAGGAGUAUGCUAAACCGCAGGGCCUGGUGGAGAAAUCAUCUGUACAGACAAUUGGUGAAGAACAAAUACAGAAUCCUUACACAGAGCUCCUUGUGUUGAAAGGUCAUCAAGAUAUAGUACGAUUUCUAGUGCAAAUAGAUGAUUGCAGGUUUGCAUCUGCAGGAGAUGAUGGGAUCAUAUUUCUGUGGAAUGCUCAGACUGGAGAAAAACUUUUUGAACUUUAUGGACACACUCACAAAAUUACAGCUAUUGCACCAUUUUCUUCAUCAGAUGCUUCUGAAGAACAAACCCAUUUGAUUUUAACAGCAUCAGCUGAUAGAACAGUUAUUGUUUGGGACUGCACUAGUGGCAGACAGGUUCAGAAAGUGUCAUGUUUCCAUUCUACUGUAAAGUGUUUGACAGUUCUUCAAAGACUGGAUGUAUGGUUGUCUGGAGGGAGUGAUCUAUGUGUUUGGAACCGAAAAUUAGAUCUCUUGUGUAAGACCAGUCAUCUUACUGAUGCAGGUAUCAGUGCUUUGGUUGAAUUGCCUAGAAAUUGUAUUGCAGCAGCUGUUGGGAAAGAGCUAAUCAUUUUUAGGUUGAUUGCUUCUAAUGAUGGGUCUGAAGGUUGGAAUAUCCUUGAAGUAAAACGCCUUGUUGACCAUCAGGAUAACAUUUUAUCAUUAGUCAGUGUCAAUGACUUGACUUUUGUGACAGGUUCUCAUGUGGGUGAGUUAAUAGUUUGGGAUGCACUUGACUGGACAAAGCAGGCAUCUGAGUGCAACUUCUGGGACUCCUCUGUCCAUCCAGAUGUACAGGCAGAAAUAAAGUUAUCCCAAAGCCAAAAUGAAACUUCGAUUCAACACUUGACAUCUGAUGAGGAGUGUGUGUUUGCUGCCGUUGGGAAAGGCAUAUACGUAUAUAAUCUUCAAAUGAAGCGUGUGAUUGCUUGCCAGAGAAGUGCUCAUGACUCCUCUGUACUACACAUUGAGAAACUUCCAAACAGGCAGCUGAUCUCCUGCUCAGAAGAUGGCAGUGUGCGCAUUUGGGAGCUCCGAGAAAAGCAGCAGUUGCCAGCUGAGCCAGUUCCAACAGGGUUUUUCAACAUGUGGGGCUUUGGAAGGGCAAACAGGCAGGCAAGCCAAGCUGCUAAGAAGAUGCAGGAAAAUACACCUAUGUUUUUCUUGGAGCUUGUUGGUGAUUUGAUUGGUCAUUCAUCAGCUGUGCAGAUGUUCCUGUACUUUGGUGAACUGGGACUGGCUACAUGCUCUGCUGACCACCUCAUCAUUUUGUGGAAGGAUGGUGAACGAGAAUCUAGACUCCGCAGUUUAACACUGUUUCAAAAAUUGGCGCAGAAUGGUGAUUUGCAGAUCAGAUUUUAAAUUGCUCAAAUGCAUGCUACUUAUGUAUAAACUGGAUGUGUGUUAAACAUGAGUGUAAAGGAAAGUCUGAGCUACUGGGAAUGUGACUACCAGUAAAGUUUACACUUAAAUUCCAAUAUAAUACAUGACAUUUUUAGUUGCUACUGUUCUUCUCAAAGGAGAAUUUUUCAUUUUGAAACUUACUUGGCUUACUCAACAAAAAUGGCAUUCUCCUGAAAGACUGAAGACAAUGAUGACUCAUUAAAUAGUUUCUAGUAUUAUUCCUAAUAUUUAAAAAUAUCAUGGGUGGAUGUAAAAAUUAUGAUUUGUUAAGAUCAUUAGGUGGAUCAUGACUAAAGCAGCUGGGGACAUUCCACAGUGUUAUGUGCAGAAAGGCACAGAAAAAAAUUUGAGAUUUCCUGCUUUAUGUAAUUAAUUUCUUGAAGCUAAACUUUAGUUACUGGCUCAGAUUUGGGUUUUUUUUGUAGAUGAUACAUAAAAGAAACAGUUCUCAAAUAGAAUUUUUGCAUUUGAAGUUACUAUCCUGCACCAAGGUUAAGAGCAAGGAGAAGAAUGUGGCACGUUUCAUUUUUGGCAAAGCAAGGUAUAUAGAUAUGUCUUGCUUGCAGUAGCUGCAGUUUUACUGUGGGUUAACCUAGACUACUGCGUUUAUACAGCAUCACUACCAUGUCUAGCAUGAAGUGUGAUUGGUUUAUCUUAGUCUUUCCAUAGUGCAUUCAUUGAAUUAAUUUGUAUCUAAUAAAAAGCACUGGCCUUACCAUGGAUUUUCAGGAUGUAAAAUACUUUCUUAAGCAGUAGCAGCUGAUGUAUUCAAUACUAGCACAACACUUCUGCCAGAUAAAUACUAAAUUCUCAGCUGAAGCUUGAGUGCAGAGAAAUCUGCACCAAAUUUAUAAGGAUAAAUAGUAUUUUAGAGUUUAAAAAUAAAAAGCCUCAAAGUACACAAUGCUUUUUUCAAGUCUGAGAUAGCAGCAGUAAUCUGAAAGCUAAACAGGAUUGAGGAAAAAAAACAAACAAACCAACCUAACCCCCCCCUCCAACCAAAGCAGUAAAAACACAAAAGAAAAAAAACAAAACAAGGUUAAACCUAGAACUGAUACAGAGAAACUGGGACGGAGGACAAGAUAGUGAUAAAUUGUCAUUUGAACAAAGAGUAGGGAAGGGAGGAGUUUGGGAAUUUAGUGAUUGUAAAGCCAUGUAGAAGAGGGUUCUGCUGUCCUUAGGUCUACUCAGAAGAUCCAGUUUAGUAAGAAGAUCCAACUGAGUAACUUUCAGUGCCAUCUCUUUCCUUUGAAUCCAUGACAACUGUUUUCAGUACAGGAGACUACAGGGCUGUGAUUCCAGACUUAAGAUCCAGCAGCUGCAGUAAGUCCAAUUAAAACAAAAGGCUAAGAUGCUUCUGACAAGAGCAGAAUCAAAAGGAGGAAGCUCCAGCUUCCUAGAAGAAACCAACAAGCCUUUUAGACUUCUUCCUCCAGCCCCUAUGGGCGCUUGCCUUCCCCCCGCCACCCAAGAAGCCAAGAUUUGCUUCUUGAGUCUCACCAUAAUCUUCCCUGGAAGGUGGGGCAGAGGGACAGUAAAAUUUUGAGCUGUAUUUUUUCCCCCACUUUAGUAAACUUGUACAACUAAUCUUAUUUGAGUGUAGAGCUCAAAGUGACAUAUUUCAAAACCAUAAAACACAUGAAGUUAUUAAAUUACCUUCCCCUUCCAAUUCAUUAAGGUUAGGUCAGUGUUAAAUCUUCAGCUGCAUUUUUUUUUUUUUUUUUUUUUGCUUAGGGUACCUAUUCUCUAGGAAGCAACUACAAGUGAUGAUAACAUGCUUUUGGGUGUAUGGUAUUAACCUUGGGGCAGAAAGGCAUGUUAAACCUUUCUGCCUGCAUUGUUUCAGCUUGUCUAUCAGCAAGUGUUGCAUUUUUGUCUACUGUAGUACAAGCUGGGGAGAUCAAGUUUCUCUUUGACUCUUUUUUCCUUGUUUCAAUUGAGAAAUAGCUGUUUAGUUGUAUAUAAGGGCUGUGUGUUUACACAUUGUUACUAAACUUUACAGACAAAGCUUAUAAAACAGAUUUUUCUUCGAGAGGCUACUGCUGUAAUCAGGAUCUCAGCUGUAACUAGAGAGAAGGAACAUAACCUUUUUUAUUAUCUUUUUCCUAUACUGUGAGAAUGACUAUUUCAUUUUUGACACAGUUUUUAAGUGAAUACCUCGUAAAGAAACAGAUCUAUUUAACUGAACACUUCUAGUCACAAAACUCAUUGUGCAUUUUACAGGGAUGUAAUUCAGCCUCAAAUACUCCUACAUGCAUGUGUAAAUAUUUAUAUCUAUCAGAAGUGCCAUUGUUCUCAGUUACAAUCCAUUGGUAACGGAUGUCCCAAGGGUCUCUUCCUUAGGAAGAUGGUUGCUAAAAGAUGUUUGAGUUGGAAGUAUUACAUUAUUUAUUUUACAAAUGAACUUUGAACAAAACAGUGAACACAGUAAGGCUACACUAGCCCUCUCCUGUUAAAUAAGAGUUUGGCACUUGCUGUUGGGCAGUGCAGUAAGCAGAAUUAGGGUGAUGAGAUGAGAAACUUUACUUCUGCCUUGUGUCUUUUUAAAUUUUUUUCCACCCCACCGUAAUGCAGAAUCCCAUAUGUUCACAUAAUGAAAGUAAAUAUCAGACCUACCCUUAAUACUUGUACAACUCUGUGUCUGUUUUACUGUCAGUAUUUGCACUGACAAUAGCAUGAAACAAGCAGCUGUUAGUCAGCUGGAUAGGCUCGAGUCUAGGAGAUCUGACACAACUGGCAGAUGAUGAUUAAUCUAUGCUGAUUUCUUUUGCUCUUAAAGAGGACAUCUCCACACAAAUUACUCUUUUUGCUUAGGCUCUGACUGGGGGAAGAAACAGAGGAUCUUGCAACAAAAUACACUGAUUCCAUAUUAACGCUUAACUUGUGAACCAGAACUGAGGCUGAACUUUAUUUCACCUUUCCACCAUUCACAUUUUCUUCUUUGUGACAGAAGUGUGACAAAAAUAGUGAAAUGUUUCACAUGAAUGUGGUCUUACAGGGUUGCUAUAUUUAACAAAGUAAGAUGACAAAGCUUUGAAUCUUGUGAAAUUAUUUUCUCUAAUGCAAGCUGUAGUGAGUGUUCAGUCAUCAGAAUAGUAAAGGUACAACCACUAGUUCUAAAUGAAGGAAUGGUAAAAGCAGUUUACACUAUAAAAAUCUGAGGGUCAACUUAUCUGAGUAAAAAUCCAUUGAAGAAUGUUUCAAUAGGUAAUAAGAAAGAAUGAAUAAACAUACUUCACCAGAAACACCAUUCUUCAAAUAUACACAAUGCAGCAUUUUAAUACACAGCAACCUGCUUUAGCUAUGACAGAAGUAAGGUUCUAUUACAAAUCUAACAAAAAUAUAGCUUAUAUACAUUUCUUUGCACAUACAUUUUAUGGAUGUUUCCUUUUGUUUCAGAACUUGGUACAAAAGAUACAAAAAAGGUUGGCAUGUUAUGUAAGCUACCUGCAGUAAGCAACAAUCACUGUCACUUUUCAUCCACAGCAAUCUAAACUGUUUGGGUUGUUUUUUUUUCCUUCAUCAGAUUCAAUUCUUGAUAUAGCAUAGGGGAGGUAAAGACCAUGUUCAAGAGCUUUCCUUUUAAUGAGUAGUGGACUGCUAUUUCAACUGUAGCCACAGCUUUAACGCUCUUGCCUGCAGCCUGGAGUGCAGUAUUAAAAAUCAGCAGUUCUGCUAGUAUUUAUUAACUGAAUAGUCUAAAAUUUGAACUCGUGUUCAUGUUCUGCAUGUGAUUAAAAUGAGAUGUACAAAAAUAUGCAUUUGUGCUUUGGAAGCUUUAGCAUAAAUUUCGUAUCUUAAAACUAA